AUGACAUUGAUAAACGAAUGCCUGAAUUGCCCUAUUUUCCGAUGGUCGGGACAGUACUACCGACAACUUAGAGGCCUAGCUAUUGGACAAAGGCUGGCACCCACUCUCGCCAUUGUUUUCGUUGCCAAGAUCGGAAAGCCUAUAAUAGACCGCAAACCACUGCUGUAUUAUCGUUACAUAGAUGAUUGCUGCGUCGUCUGCUCAAGACAAGCAGAACUAGACACGUGCUUCAAUCUUCUCAAUCAGCAGUGUCCGCACAUUAAGUUCAAGGGAGAGACCGAUAGACAAUUGGUUCAGAGAGAGCUAGGAGAAGCUACCUGGGAGCAAAUUGAGUUUGCAGUUGUAGCACGAUGGUUGGCAAGUGGACGUCAAGAGUUGGAAAAUAACGAAUGGAAACGUUGGCAGAGACAGCAGAAGCGCCCCACUGCUGAAGACAUGCCUCUUGUAGAGGAACUGGCGAGAUGGCGAAGAUCAUCCGUUGAAUGUGCAUCGAUAGCAGCCUUACGAUAUCUGCUUCAAUAA